AAGAACCCAUUCCCUCCCUCACCGCCUCCACUCUUGCUUCUAUAAACCUAAAAACGCCUCUCUUUCUCUGUCUAAAAGCCUUGCCUUUUCACUCACAAGAACAUAUUUUCUCUCUCUACUUUCUCUCCUUUCUCUGUGUUAUCUCAUCUCAGCAUUGAGCAAACCAGUGUUCAUUUCUGUUCAUUCAAGCUGGCGAUCGAGAAUCAAGACACCACGGUCAGAGAAAUCAAGCCCAAGAGCAGGAGAAUCAUGGGUGCUGGAGGUCCUGACGAGGACGACAAUAGGUGGCCGCCAUGGCUGAAACCUCUGCUAAGAGAGAACUUCUUUGUUCAAUGCAAGCUCCACGCUGACUCUCACAAGUCUGAAUGCAACAUGUACUGCUUGGAUUGCAUGAACGGCCCUCUCUGCUCUCUCUGCCUCUCUUACCACAAGGACCACCGUGCUAUUCAGAUAAGGAGGUCGUCUUACCAUGAUGUGAUAAGGGUGAAUGAGAUUCAGAAGCAUCUGGACAUCAGUGGAGUCCAAACCUACAUUAUCAACAGUGCCCGAGUUGUGUUUCUGAACGAGAGGCCACAGCCUAGGCCUGGCAAAGGAGUCACAAAUACCUGUGAAGUCUGUGAACGCAGCCUCCUCGAUUCCUUCAGAUUCUGCUCUCUUGGUUGCAAGAUUGUGGGGACAUCAUCCGGUCAUCCCCAGAAGAAGAAGUACUCGAAGGCAAUGGGGGGUUCCGAUUCAGAUGAGUCAUACAGCAGCAGCAGCCACGGAAUUGCAAGGUUCAAGAGCAGCAGCCACAACAAAGUCCAGAGCUUCACACCGUCAACGCCGCCCCCAAGUUCCACUAAUUACAGAACGGCCAAGAGACGGAAGGGCAUUCCCCACAGAGCCCCAAUGGGAGGACUAAUCAUCGAAUAUUAAGUCAAGCCCUUGCACUUUUAGUAUAUUACAUAAAUGCCUCACUUGUACAGUAAGUCUAUCACAAAUGCCCCUCCAAUCGCUUGAGCUUUUUUUCUCAAAAAAGGCCAUGUUUUGGAGAAAAUUAGAAAAACGCCCACUUAGCUUUCUGGUAUUGUACAUAGAAGCCGUAUAGGAACAAGUGCAAGUGUUGGAAAAGUUAGAGAAUAAGACAGUAACAAAAGUGGACGACCGAGAAAAAACUGUGGACGGUGGAGGAGUCAGAACAAGAAGAAAAAUAACGUCUUUUUACUGUUUCGCAGUUUUACCGGUCUCCCCACCCUGGAUAAAUGUAGGAUGGUUCUGGAAAUAUGAAAUAUACGUAAGUUUUGGGGGUGAAGAUGUAAAUAGAGCGUUUUGGUUGGGGAAAAGUCAAUCUACUCCUUUGGGAGUGGGUAGUGGAAUAUGCAUAUAUGUGGAAAGUGAAAUAAUAGAUUUUUAUAUUUUGUAUUUUUA